UCGCUCCGCCGAACGGCUCUCACGAUUGCGCCAUCUCGUACUGGAGCGAGUCGCCUACAAAAACGAAUGAGCGGCAGUGUUCACUCGUCGUCGGGCGGUGUUAUCUCUUUUGCACGGUGCCAGUUCAAACGUACACGAAAGGAAGAGAAGUACCCUUUCGGUCGGUGUUGGCUCUCUUUUGCCAACGCACACGACUGAGACGGAUUGCUGCCAGCGCCAGUGUACGUUUGUUGUGUUGUGGAAAGCUUUUCCAGAGAAACGCGCUCGCUCCAUCCGAGGGAAAGGACGGACGGUAUUUUUUGUGUCUGCCGUCGUGUACAGGUCGCUCGCCUGGAUUCCGUAUAGUUGCCGUUUACUCCGGCUAUCGCAAGCAUCGAUCCGGACGGUGUAAGUGCGCUGCGAACUGUGUUUUUAAUUGUGUAGAAAGCAGAUGUAUUCUUACGAAUAGUUUUUAUUUGUGCAAACAGGUAGUGUAACGUCGUGAUAAUUACAAUGUGAAUGCUUGCUGCUGUGCAACUUAUCGUCAAGAAAUAGUGCCACACAUUCAUCCGAUAAAGUUCAGUGUACAAAAUCGCACUCAUAGUUCUCUGUGCCUACGCGUGUUGUGUUGAUGUGGCGAGCAAACCGUUUUUCUUAUUGUUCAAUUUCGUGUGUCCCCGACUGUUCAUGUACAUUGCUGGUGGAAACGUUUUACAAAAGUGCCCUGCUUAAAGUGGCACAUCUAGGAAAAGGGAAGCACUCAUUCACCAGUGAACAGCAGUAAUAAUUUAUAGUGACCGCAGUAAGCCCAAUGACAAACGCGUUCGACAAAGCUUAACCACACUUCCGGCGAAUAGUCAUCUAAGUGUACGGAUGGUAGCUAGUGGUAGCAACGAAAGUUUCUACAGAUCAAGCUCAGAGAGGAUUCUUCACGAUGGGGACCAUAUUUCUAUAAAAAACGAAAUGCAUCGAAUUUGAUCUCCACCAUCAUCAACGAUGUGCUUUGGUUUUGAAAUCAGCACUCGACGUGCGGAAAUCGUUCUACUGCAUUGGUGUGUCGUGUAGACCGGCAGCAGCAGCAUCCGUUGCACUGCAGUUGUACGACCUGGGGGCGAAUGUUCUGAAUGUUCUUGAGGUUGGAACUACAUCCUGCCACACGCCAGACUGCAUCCUCCCCACUCUUCCUCGCUGCCGGUUUACAGAGGGUGCUUAUUAAUUGCAAUCGUUUCGGAAUGUUCAUGUCCACGGCUUGAACGUCACAGCAGUGCAAAAGACACUAGCAUAAGGUGUUUCGUUUGGGGUUUGAAUGAGUAGCAGCAGGCCACGCAAAAGAAGCACCAUUAAGCAGCAGCAACGCAUAUACAUACACAUUCCAGCGUUUCCUGGGGCAACGACGAGUGUACAAUCGAAAACGGCGACAAACUUUGCGCUAAAGCAAAGGCAAUUGACGGCAUUGCAUAUCAGUGUGUGAAUGAUCCUAAAGCGAGGAGGAUGGAUUUCGUCCUGACAUGUGAGAAAGUGUACCGCUACGCAGAUUGUAUGUGUAAAUGGCCAGGACAGGAGUAAUCUAUUCGAACGAGCACGUAGCCAACGAUUCGUACAAUACACAGACGGCCAUUUAUUUACCUUUUCAAGCGAUUCCACCCGAGUGCCUGAAAAUUGAUGCGAAUUAUGGCCUAAUGAACAAGAGUGAAGGAAAUGCAGAGGACACAAAAUUGAACUUGCACACCAACAGAUAAGCGCCAUUAAAUUUGACGUAUAUUAUAUUCCUGCUUCCCAAACAAAAUGAAAAAGAUUCGCUCAUUUUUAUAAAUCUAGACCUGUAACUACUACUCGUGUGCGUGGGAAAGAGCACAACAACACCAACAAAGGGAGAUAGAGAGAGAAAUCCAAGACUACAUGACACUGUCAAGGGCUGGCUAACGUAAUUACGAUCUCGAUUGUUACUACUAGCUAUCAGAAAAGGUUGCAGACCACACUGACCAUCGGUCAGGUUGGUAAUAAAAGCUGAGUAGAAAUGAAGACGAAAUACAACGACAGCAGCGUAUUGCUUUGCCUGUCCAGCUUUAUCCGUGCUCAGCGAUUGCAAUCUGGCAUUCAGUGCAUCCGGUGCAUGUGCAAUCAACCACCACGUACGGGUUUGGUGCUCUAGAAGCGACCAGUCAGUCGUGUGUCCUUCCGGUGUUCGCCGGAGCCGCCGUGCGCGAUUGUUGUGUGCCGUCAGUGACGCCAUGUACGUUAUCAACCCCUCGCCGGCAUCGCAAGAUCUACAACCGACCGCCAGCAGUUACGUUGCCGCGCGCCAUUCCGAAUCGAUUGAACUCGGGCAGCAGCAGCAGCACAAAGAAAUCCUCAGCCAAAUAUUGACAAAAUGCAACGCCGACAUGUCGGACCAGGUGGCCAAUUUUAGCUGCCCCGAUGAGAAGACUCCCCCGCGAUCUGCCGCAGUACCGGUCAAGGAAGAGGCAAAAUCUCCCGCGUCGUCGUCACCUGCAGCCACUCCGGCACCAUCGUCAUCACCGUGCUCCGAGGUUGGGAGCGGACACGGUGCAAAACCAACUCCGGCAGUGGCAGGUUCGUCACCGAAGGAAGCAAGCAGCACACCUGCUGCUGGCGAAGGAAAGACGGGGCGACGGACAGAUGGCGAAAUCCGGUCGCCACUUCCUACACUUAAGCGGAGCCCCUCGCUGGACGGAUCACCCCUCUCAAGUGCAAGCUCUUCCAAUGCAGCUUCCCUGUCGCCGUCGUCCUUGGACGGGCCUGCCAAAUCCACUCCACCGAAGUCCGAGCCGAUGGCCGAGACGGUUCAAUCGCUUGCGGUGGCAUCGCCCGUCUCGUCCAACUUUUCCAGCGUGGUGCAUCCGAAAGAGCGAGCACUUAAGUCGAUCGCGGCAGCGGCCGCAUCCAAUGAACGGAAUAAUGCCACCAACGGCGGCAGCAGCAGCAGCAGCACUCCAGCAAAACCAGCCAGUAAAGCCGUCGGAGCGGUCAAUGCUGGCGGAAGAGCCGUGCUGAAUGGAACCGGCUCCUCCGCUACUGGGACGGGCACGACGGCGCACGGUGGCAGGCUGCAGUUUUUCAAAGACGGAAAAUUCAUCCUGGAACUUGCCCGUGCACGAGAGGGUGAAAAAACCAGCUGGAUUUCGGUUCCGCGUAAAACCUAUUGGCCACCGACCGUUUCCUCUACCAGUGCCAACUUUCAUAAGCAUGAAAGUUCUACUUCACUCAGCUUUUCAGAUGACAACAGCUCCAUCCAGUCUUCGCCCUGGCAGCGGGAUCAUUGCUGGAAGCAGGCGAAUCCUCGUCCGAACAUUUCGAAGGAGCUUUCGCUUUACUACUUUCGCCCGCUAAAAGCACGUGGUCAUCUUACGCACGAUCGCCGGUCAUGGUGUCGGCGCAAACGACGCCGUCCUUACGACUCCCAUCUUCCACUGGAAAUUAAAUCAAAGCCUCAAGCGCAAAAAACAACAACAGUGGAAAAUGGAAAUGCCAAGAAGGAUGAUUCCGAUCACAAGGAGGCACAAUCGGCAACUGGGCAAGAAGAUGGUGAAAUCACCGAGAAUCUUCGGGAUAAGUGCAAUGGCACUACACCGAUGGACACAUCUGAGGAGACGACGGCAGCGGGUGAAAACAAUGUAAAGAAGCGGAAAGGCACAAAGCAGGAUGGGCCCAUGGUGGAGGAUGAUGAUCACAAGCAAAGCAAUGGUCAUCAUCCGCCAGCAAACGGGGGCACACAUUGUAGACCUUCCCGUUGCAAGCGUCCCGAGGGAAAGGAUCUAGCUUCAAUCAUUAAAACACUGGUCGAGCACCAGCAGACAAAGUCCAUCAACGCCCCGGGAGCUUCUGCUGGAGCAGGUACAGCAAUUGGCCCGUUUCGUCUCGGAACAAUAGCAGAACGGGGGAACAGUACUAGCUCGACAAGUUUUCGCAGCUCUGUGUUUGCCAGUUCGGCCGCUUCGCAGCAUGUUUCUCCACGCAAAAGAAUCUUGCGGGAGCUGGAGAAGGUUUCACUGGACGAUGCUGGUAGCAGUGGCACGAGCAGCACCAAAAGAUCUCGUCCGAAGGCAGGGUCUGCUGCAGGUACGCCUGUCAUUGUGACGGCAACAACUGCAACGCCCCUGACGACACUGACCACGAAUGGUACGGGAAGUCCGCUGAAUGGUGGCGCCAGCAGUGGCAGUAAUAGCAGCAGCAACAGCAGCAGCAGUAACAGCAAAACAAACGGACACCUUAACGGUUCUGGAUCUAUUGCUAACGGUACAACCGGGACCGGUGGAAAACAGCCAAUUAAUGGAGCUGGAAGUGGCAUAUCUCCUGUAACGAAUACUGCUCCUCCAGUUCCGGCUCCUGUAUCAAGACCAUUUAGCAGUUAUAGCAUAACGUCACUGCUGGGGCACAACACAAGCAGUAGCGGUGAAACAUCGUCCUCUGCGAACUUCUCCCCCUCUGAUGCGAUGCAACGCAAAACGGACGUAUCGGUGGCGUCGGUCACAUCAACAGCUAGUCAUCAUCUCUAUCACCAUCCGCAGCAUCCACUGUCACCACACCACCAGUAUCAGGGAUCACUGUACUUGGGGAAGGAACCGUUAGCCGUUGGCUCCAAAUCUCCGAUAAUGGCGGAAUCCAUCAAUCACGCACAUUAUCAGGGCCAGCUUGGAUCUACUCGGUACGGAUAUGGCGCCAAGAAACGGUCCCCUAGCUACGGUGGAGGGAGUGGCACUGCAGCAUCUCCUGGGGUUACCUCCGGAGGGAGCAGCGUGGAUCCGUGUGCUAAUACGAUCCGUUCCCCAGACCUCAGUCCUAGUCCUGAGCAUCAUCAUCAUCAGCAGCCGCAGCAUCAGCAUCAGCACCAACAGCAACAGCAGUCGCAUACAUCUGCGCAACAUUCACAUCAUGGGCUUCAUCAUACGCCGGGUUCUGCUUCAUCAGGCGGAUUUUCACGCUACCGACAGCACCCGUACGGUGGCAGCCCAAGUAGCUACUCGUCUGCACCUUCGUCUUCCCGUUUUUCCCCUUCACCGAGUACGAACGAUUCAGCGACCACACCACCAUAUUCUGGAUCUGGUGCAGCAACGGGAGGUGCACGAUCGGCAAUUUCCUACCGGCCUGGUUACCAGCUUGGUGGAAGCAGCAGUCAAGGACAUUCCCCUCCUACCAGCAAUGGGUCACCGCAGCAUUAUUCUCGCGCGUCACCAUUAAACUUUGGCCGUGGAACUCAACUGUCACCUCCGCCACCAUUGGGAUCGCAGCAUCAUAAUCGUACUGCCGGUACGUCCUCAUCGCCCCGUGCAUCUCCAAGUAGUGGUGGCGGUGGCGUAACAACGAGCCACGCUUCCACACCAACGUCUGCCAUGGCCUCGCUUACGACUGGCACGUCGCCAGGCUCUACCAUACGAACGGUUCCGAAAAAGACGGCCGCCUUACGACAGCCCUUUUCCGGUGGGCAUUCACCUUCUUCCUCCUCACCAUCGCGCGAGCGUUCCAACUCGAACGCUUCCAGCUCUUCACACAAAAAAGAUCUCCACCCAGAAGGGUCGGACUCGGUUGAUGGGGCUUCUUUAAACCACUACGGCACAACGCCCUCCUCGCCCGCCGGAGUAAUAAGACCGAACACGGUAAUUGCAUCGCCAACAGCGCACCAUCCUGUGCCGAAUGCUUUCUACCCCCUGUAUCAAGCCGCUCAGUUGGGCGCGCCCUCCUCAUCUUCUUUGAUGAAUGCUGCAGCCGUAGCCGCUGCUACCUCUUCCGUUCCAUUCCAUCCCGCGACACUUACGUACUACCAGCAAAUGUACACUGCGGCCACAAUGGCUGCAUAUCGCACGCCGCUUUGGAUGCACUACCCAGGGCUACCGGGGGUGGCACCGCACGGUCCACCGCACAUGAUACAACCGCAUCAUCAAGCCCCGCCACCUUCAUCCGUCGCGCCAAACAUCUCCUCAGCUGAUCGACGUCUUAUUGAUCGGAGUCCACCCUCUCCACCACCACCGCCACCACAGCCCGCAUCUGGAUCGUCAAUCACGGAUCCUGCAGAAUCGCAACGACUACAACAUUCCAUCCUAGCCACACCUAGCUCAACAGCAGCCCUCAACUAUAGCGUCACGGCACUUUCCUCAUCCUCGCGCGAUAUCAUCAACGGUGGUAGUGCGUUUACGUCACCGAGUGGAUCGAGUUGGCCUACAGAUGCUGUCGGAUAUCAACAUCAUCCCGACCAUUCCGCUCGUUCGACUGCUGCAGUAUCGGGGAUAGCGUCGGCAACCGCCAAAGAUGAGACCAGCAAUGACGUUCCAUUAAACCUGUCCAAACACUAGGAAAAAAUCAACAUCAGCCAAAGGCGAAUAACAAAUAACAGCAGCAGCAGCAACAGUAGCAGCAGCAACAGCAGAAGGUACAGCCGCAAGUGAUCUGAAUUCUUUUGUUGCGUAGAUCGUACAAAAGAUCUGACGACUUCUUGUUCACUUGCUUAAGAAGCAAGUUGACCAAAACAUCAGUAGAAAACGGGCACAAGGACAACAAAGAAGGUGGGGUAUAUCACGUAAUGUUGGGUCCAAAAUGAAUGUAAUGGAGUCGCUGUGAUUAUUCAUUUUGUGGCAGGUAUUACCUACCGAUAAACUUUUGGUUAGGAAUGAAAGCAGCACGAGAAUCGCGAGCCACUAGUUUUAAGAAAACGGCAUAAAUUAUAACAGCAACUUUUCAGACAAACCUUAGGCUUGUCCUUAUUUUGUGCUACCGUACAGAAAGACUUAGCACCAUGCAUGGUAGAGCAUGGAGCAAGUGAAGAGAAAUAGAGAGAACAUUUUGUAAACAAAAAAAGAAACACUGGAAAGGAAUCAACUGCAUAGAGACAUACUAUUUUUGCUAAGUAACAUUUAAACGCCCGUGUUUGGUCGCUGGUGGGUGUGUGUGUGUGUAUGUUGGCAUACUCAAUCACAUGAAACAAAUAUCAUUGGGUUUGCAUGUACUGUCUAUUUUACGUGUAUAAUCAUAUUUGUUGUUUUGAAACAUUAAGAAAAACAACAAAACAAAGAGAAGGGCUUCAACUGUAGGAACAAUGUAAACCGUUGGAAAAUGAGAAGUUUUUUUGGCUUAUUAUUUUGGCCAUGAAAAAGGCUUUUUUCCAUAAACUUGACCAGUUUUUCGCUUUAUUCAAUUUUAAAUAUAUUUAUCUUUGAAUGACUUGUUUCUUUAGUUGGAUAUUUUGUUUAUUGCUUUCGACAUAGACGUGUCUGAUAUUUAUAGCAAAUGGAGUCUCAUAGCUCCGUGGGUUUUGUGUCCUUGUACUUGUGUUGAAGUAUGCUCUGGAUAAUAAUUUAAAAAUUGGUCAGAUUCGAGUAUUAAUUAUUUGAAUCAGUAAUCUUGGCAAAGAUGACAAAUUGUGUCAUGUUUCAAUGUUCCAGCGUUGUUUCAAGCUAUACUUUAAUUUGCUCAGCGCAUCAUGUUCAAACGGCUAUUGAUGAUAUUGUAAUGGUCUGUCUAUAAUGUGCAACACUUUGCGCUAUCAAGGGCUUUUCCGGUGUAUAUGCAUUUGAUGUUAGUGAUACAUGUGUUUGAAGUGAAAAUAUAAACGAUAUUGCAGAACAAAAGGUGAAUGAGAACGACAAGCUGGUUAAAGUGAAAGUGGUGCGCACACUUUUCCAUCAAGCAGUAGUUUUAUCAUGGUGAACUGGAAUCUCACGUAGCAAAUAACAAGAGCAAAAACGAAAUUGAGCGUAAUGAAAAUGAUUUUAUUUUAGUCUUGGACAGUGCGUGAGAAAACAUAACAAAAACUCUGCUAUGUGGGUAGAUGCUAUUGUUGUUAGACAUAUGAAACAAAAAUCAGAAAUGUAUUUUGUUCCAUGCUCCUUGUCUUUUGCUACAGACUGAAACAAAUAAAUUGUAGAAUAUUUAGCGUGUGCACUAUUUACACCAUACAAACGAGGAUUGGAAGAGACAAAACAGCGCAUAUAGAGAGAUAUUCAUGAUACUAAAACAAAUAAAUACACACCCACAUACACAUACAGAAGAAACCAGAUAUCGAACAAAGAUAGAGGAAAUAUUUUUCGCUAUUUUUAUACAACCACUUUGAUGGGGGGCGACAGUUUAUUAUAGAACUAUUUGCGAUUCAGAAACGAGUACAUUGAAUACUAUAUAUACAAAACUUUACAAACACAUUUAUAUACAAUCACGUGUCCAAAGUUUAAUAGAGAGAGAGAGGCAUUGAUAUGCUUAUUGUAUUGUCCUUAAGCGAAAGAGAAAUGUAAACCCGGAGAUGAAAACAUUUUUACGGCAUUAGAAUCGUCAAAAGUUUGAUAAACAAAAUUUAACCUCUUGCAGACGUGAACAAUGAACAAAAUCUAGUAACAAAAACAUAAUGCGUGCCUUGGAUGAAAAUGAAAACAAAACAAACAAACAAACAAACAAACAAACCAACUACAUAAACUAAACUCAGAAAACUAAGCUACUGGAUAUACAUACAUACCGAGCAUUGAAACAAUCGAUACAAAACAAGUUAUAUUCAGAACAGAACUUUGGAGAAAAUGAUAGAAAAAUGUCACCGAACAUAUUAACUUAUUGCAAAUGGUAACUGUCGUGACGUUUUUACGACAGGUAAAACGAUAAUUGAGCGAGAAUUUUUGAAACAGUUUUUAAACAGGCGCCAAACGUAAUUUCGGUCGAUGAAUGGACAGAAUCAAUAUUUUCUGGAGCUUUGGAUAGUGUUUUAAUCAGUUUUCAGCAAAUAACAAGGAAUUUAAAUUUCUUUUUCAUGAUCAAUCAGGUAUUCUUUUCACACAAUGUGAGUGUGAAAUUGUUAUAAAUUCGUUCUUUUGUUUUCGUCAACCAAUACACAAUAUUAUCAUGUUUUAUACGCUAAUUUGUUGGCCGAUGUAUGAACAUGAUUCUGUUUGGUAUUGUUAAAAUCCCUUUUUUCAUAUUACUGAUUGCUCUUAUGAUAUUCAGAAGGAUACUAAUUCCCUAAAGUUUUGAGCAUCGUCAGACCAAUCUGUAGUAAAAGUCGUUCGUUAAACAUUUUUGUUUUACUUAUGGUGCUUCUAUUUACUCUCAGUGUGUGUCAAUUGAACUGGCUAGCGCCAGUCUUUAUACCAUUGACACAGAAUGAGACUAAAUUUAAGCAUGAGCAAAAUAACUUCAGUAUACUUCAGAAACAUUGUUCAGCAAUUUAAAUUAUAAUCACCUGAUGCUCUUCAUUCAUUGACCAACAGUUAUAGUAACACAGUUAAAGUAGAAAAAAAGUAAAAACUCGAUGAUUAAUGGAGAUGUAGGUGCCAAAAGUUGGAUACACGUGGAACGAGAUGAAAUGAAACCUGGUACAUCCGGAUUAGAUGGGGAUGCGAUCUCAAUGGUUUUACAAUUGAUUUUAUUCGUUCUUUCAACUCGAUCUCUCACCAACUAACAAAUCUUCGCGAUCAAUCGUUUGAACGCGUGAACAUUGUUGGCGUGAAGAGAGAUCAAGAUGAACGAACGAUGCGUUUCGAAGAAACGACACGUACGGCAGUGGCGCACGAUUCAGGCAAAGAAGGUUUCGAUCAACUAUAGAUUUCAUAUUCUAUCAGUCAGCUAAUAUUAUCCAUCGGGAACUCAUCGGGUGUGAAACGGGACAGUAGCGUUAAGCUUCUUGUAAUUAAAUAUGCAUUUUUAACGAAACAAACGUUUGAAGACAACGAAAACGUCAGGACUCUACCGCACAUUCCAAUAGAAGUGUUUUUAAAACUCCUCGUCAUCGUACAAAUGGACAAGAUUUUUUUUUGUUUUCUCUUUUGUACAAAUGACAUACGCAAAACAUACAAGAACACACAACUUCAAUAGAAGAGGGUGAGAUUAAUUUUGUGACAUGGCUGCAGCUGUACUAAUAUUUGUCGCUUUUAAGGAUCUCUCUAUUCCUUAUACUCUCUCUCGGCUAUUUGUAUAGAUUGUAGCUCGCUUUUGCUCGGGUUUUGAAACGAUUUAGUCGGUCAGCAUUAUGAAUACAGUAUGUGCAAGUAAUUAACUGAACAAAAACAAACAAACAACAUAAUAGAACAACUGAAAUGUAAUUUUCUGCUGGCAACAACUACCGGUUUAACGAUAUCUAAGGGGACACACAGCGUACCAUCGCCGGUUUGCAUUUCCGGAUGCGAGUUGCGCAUUUGUUAAUUUAUCUUAUUUAUUUAGAAACUACGCAACAUAGACUGGAAUACGACGAAUCAGCUACUGAACGAAAAGUAUAUGCGCCCAAUUUAUAUGCAACUGGAAAGUAAGUGAGUAAUACUAAUGUGGCAAAAAAGCUCCAAAACACAACGAAUCAAAAGUGCGUAAUUAAACAACCUAAAAAUAGCAAACAAACCGACCCAGCGAAAAUGAAAAAAUAAGCAAGAGGAUAAAAUUGGCCUCUUUUUGGUCAUGGAAAAA